CACACCAUGAAGCACUCCGAGUACGAAUGCUCCUCUGACUUUUUACCCUAAUUUAUCGCCUUUCCUGGUUCAACGCGUAUUCAAGCAGGCUGCGGCGUUAGGGCUUGCCAGCGGGAGCACUGCAGUCCCCGAAGGGGCUUCGUCUCGAAUCCCUUUGUUCUGUGCGGCUUAUAGAGCCUUAGAUCGUCAGCUGUCCUGAAGGCUGCGGUCCUGUUGUGGUACCAUUAUACGCUCGUUCAAACGCUACCCUCGCACUACGUCGCUCGUUUCCUCAUGACCGCUCAGCAAGAAUAUUCCCCUCAUCGCCGAACUAUUAAUCACCUUCGACUCUACGCCAGAGAUGAUGGGUCUGGCUCAAAUACGACAAUUAUCAUUGCCGUAGUCUGUGGGGUCGUUGGAGGAAUAAUCUUUGCCUUCGUUUUGUGGCAGUUCGUAUGGAAGCUCUGCCGUCCCAAGCGGGCGCCUCUUCCCCCUGUUCAACCUUUGGUUCAUCAUCGCCAGGUGCAUGCCGCUUCAUUCGCAAAUCGUGACAGCAGUAGACCUGCUACGUGGUUCGAGCCGACCCACCUUUCAGUUCGCCAUGGAUCCUUCCCCAGCGGAAGUGACGUCUCGCUAAUACCGAGUUCCCCGGGGAAGUCGCCCUCCCGCCAGGGAAGCUUCCACACGGAGGAGACAACACAUACGAGACGGUUAUCCGAGGACGCGUCUACGCAUAUAUCCGCCCCCACGAUCGAAGAUCUUAGCUUGACUCCCCCGAUGCCUCCUUUCUCUCGCGACUCGUCUGUGAACAUGGGCCUUAAUGCAUCGACCAGUUCUCUUGAUUCCUACGGGACGCCGUCGCCUCCCACAUUCUCCUCCUCCCCACAGUCAUCUGCAUCCGCCAUCUCCGACCAGGACGAUAUCCAUUCGCAGACGUCGCAGCGGAGACCUCGAGUACCAUCCGGUCGUAGUCGCUCCCGACCGGCCUCAAUGGCAUCUACCGUUAGCACGACCUUUACUGUCCGAAGUCGAAGUACGGUUCGGGGGGCUCCGCAUUCAAGGCAUAACAAUGUUCAGAUUGUGCUACCGGCCCCACUAGCGCCUUCUGUCUAUCCUGAAGAGACGGCAAGUGAAGUGAAUGUUUUUAUGGGCGAUUCUUUGCAUUCCCGACCUGCCACCGAUUCUUGGAUAAUGCUGGGGAGCUCGAGAUCUGCGAGUAAAGAUAAGGAGCCGGCAAAACGUCACCAGCGCACGACAUCUGAAUCUAGCACCAACCGACGGUCCAGCCGACGACUCUCCAGAACUGACUCCCCUUCAUUAAACCAAACUCCUAGGCCUCCGCCCGUGCCGCGGCUUCCUUCCGAGUUCAGCCAACGCUCAGCUUCGCUGUCGUCAGAACAACAUCAAUAUCCUCCUUCAGAUCCUGUUGACAGAGGGAGAUAUGCACAACGCGCCCCGUCAGGAGGUUCAACACACCAGCCUCACAAGUUACAAAAGCAGAGAUCGCGGUCGCGAUCGAAAGGUGCUGUCCUGCGUGACUCGAGUCGCGGUGAUACCUCUCCGGACGCUGGAGCCAGUGGAUAUGCUGGCCAACCUCAGGCUUUAUGACCGCGGGUUUACCACGACUUCGCGUGUCCCUCAGUACAUACACACCUAAUAGGACAGCUAAGGGGGUUUAGGCUGUGUCAGUAAUGAACACCAACUGUAUUUGAUUUUGAACAUUAUUGCAUAGCAUUGAGCGCAUAGAAUCCAUCAUGUUUUUCUUUUUGCAACGCACGUCCGUUACAUAGACUUCGAAAAUUC